GAAGAAAAUCUAUAAAACAGCCUAAAUGUGAGGGAUUUGCAUUGAAAACAUGAAGAUUGAAUCAUUAAAAAUAAUUGAUAUUCAAAUAAAGGUUGCUUAGAUAAAUAUUUUGACAAUUCACAGUUUGACACCUUAAGCAACUCUUCAUGCACUUUCUUUAAGUCCAACCUUUAACCUCUUCCUUCAACACAAAAAACUCAUCACUCUCCUCUCUAAAAAAAACCCAUUUCAAUGGAGCUUCAAGAUCAAAAACCAGUUGUGCUAAUCACAGGCUGCUCUCAGGGAGGAAUAGGCCAUGCAUUGGCACUUGAGUUUGCUUCAAAAGGGUGCCAUGUUGUGGCCACAAGUAGGUCAAAGAAAACCAUGAAAGAUCUGGAAAAUGAUUCAAGGUUCUUUCUACAAGAACUUGAUGUUGUUUCAGAUGAAAGUGUGAAGAAUUGUGUGGAAAAUGUUAUUGAAAAGUUUGGAAGAAUUGAUGUCUUGGUUAACAAUGCUGGAGUCCACUGUGUUGGACCUCUUGCCGAGCUUCCAUUAUCAGCUAUGGAGAAAACUUUCAACACCAAUAUUUAUGGUCCCAUGAGGAUGGUUCAAGCUGUUGUUCCCCACAUGGCAGCUAGGAAAAAGGGAAAGAUUGCAAAUGUUGGAAGUGUAAUCACAAAUCUCCCUGCACCAUGGGCUGGUGUUUAUGCUGCAUCUAAAUGUGCUAUUCAUUCACUCACCGAUACCUUGAGAUUGGAACUCCGUCAUUUUGGAAUUGAUGUAAUUAACAUUGUCCCUGGGGAUAUAACAUCCAACAUAGGAAAUUCUGCCAUUUCCAACUACAACCAAAUGCCUGAAUUGAAGCUCUACAAGCCAUUUGAAGAAGCUAUCAAAGAGAGAACAAAUUUAUGGAAAACAUCGAAAACGACCCCUACAGAAGUGUUUGCGAAGGAUACUGUGGCGGCUGUGAUGAAGAAAAACCCCCCGGCUUGGUUCUCAUCUGGUCGAUAUUCAUCCAUCAUGGCAAUCUUGUAUCAUAUGCCCAUCUUUGUUAAGGAUUUUAUUGCAAGGAAAACAAAGAAAUGUUGAGUGACCUAAUUACUUUAGGUUUCAUGUAUUGAUUCUUUUUGUAAGCUCUCAAAAUGUCACUCAUCAUAAUAUUAUGUCACUUUGGUCCUCUUGUUGAGGAAUUAUUA